AUGAAGUCUUUUGAGACCGGACUACGCGAUGAUAUUCUUGCUGCUAAUUUACGGCCACUGCUGCGUUUACCCGAACUGACAGACGAGGAUUUAAUGAAACACGUAAAUGAACUUGCCUGUCAUCAAGCGGAAAGGCAAAAUAAGCUUGCCUGUGAGCGACGUGCCAGAAUUAACGCGUGUGACGUCGAAGAAUCGGAGCCAAAACAACAGAAAUUCAAGGAGGGAAACAAACAAAUACUCGCUGAAAUUCGCGAAAUACGAUAUGAGCUCGAAAACUUGAAACAGCACCAACUCAAAGCAGGAGGUAGUCGAGUAUUACCAGACCAAAGUCGUACCAAGUCACCACGAUACCGUGGUAGGGGGUGUCAAGCGUGCAAAGAGAAGAGACUCGGCGCAACGUCCUCACACUGUUUCGCGUGUGGAAAAUAUGGCCACAUUGCAUCCGAAUGCAACAAAAACAUGGCGGAGAAUUCGGGAAACGAGAGACGGCUAUCCCGCGGUCGGGACAGAGAGUAG